AUGGCAAAUAUCAGCAAAGCUUACAUUCGUUCUGAUGAGGCAGGAUGUUACCACAACAACCUUCUGGUAGCAUCUUUGAAAGAUAUUGGAAAUCGCGUUGGAAUUUGUGUCCAAAGCUAUGAUUUCUCAGAACCUCAACAAGGUAAGGAUAUUUGUGAUAGGAUCAUCUGCCCCCUGAAGUCAUCAAUCCGCCGAUACUGCAAUGAAGGAAAUGAUAUCCUUACAGCUCAAGACAUGCAUACUGCACUGAAUUGCCGUCCAGUUAAAGGAACAACAUCAUCAGUCAAUGAAGUCAAAGCCUCUGCUGAGCAGCUCAGUGUAAAGAAAAUUAAGGACUUCAGCAGUUAUCACAAUUUCCAGUAUGAAGAAGCAGGGAUAAGGGUGUGGAAAGCACAUGGCAUUGGAAAGGGAAAGAAACUAUUGGAUAAAGAUAUCUACAUUAGCCGACAAAAGAGUACAGAAUUGCAAGUGUCAGUCAACUUUCCCGCUGUACAGCAGACUAGGCAAACGAAACUGAAAAGAAAUGAAAACCAUGAUGAUAAUUCAAACGCAGACAGUGCUGGUUUGUUUGAUUGUGCUGAGCCUGGUUGCAACCACGUGUUUGAAACAAUUCAGAGCUUAGAGCUUCACAUGGACCUGGGCCAGCAUAGUCGCUUUAUCAACAGCGAGAGCGUGUAUGAUGCGUUAAAAAGAGAGUGGGCAAAACAAUUCACAACGUUAAGCUCAAGAAAUGUCCAGGGCCAGGGACCGAAACAACAUCAAACUUUAGAAUGCAGAGAAUCCUCUUCAAGGAUGGGAUGGGCUCUCAGUAAACCGAAAACUGGCUCUGCGCGUUUUUCUCCAGAUGUCUGCAAGUAUUUGACUGCGAAAUUUGAUUAUGGUGAGCGAACAGGUCAUAAAUCAGACCCAGCGCAGGUGGCUAAAGAUAUGAGAUGUGCAAAGGAUGAAGGGGGAGAAAAAUUAUUCAAGGCAGCCGAGUGGCUCAACAAAGAGCAGAUCAAAGGUUUUUUCUCGAGGCUUGCUAAAAAGCGACGCAAAGGUGUGAUAAGCACAGAUAUUGAGGAAGAAAUUGAGGUCGAUAACUAUGAAAGCGAUACUGACGAUGCAGAAGAAAAUGAAAAACGAGCGUAUUUGCUGAAUUUGAUCAGUAAUGAAUUGAACGUGGCCCACCCGAUCUACUACGAUGCGUACGACUUGUGUGAAUUGCACAAACAAGACAAACUUUCGGGAUUUAAGGUUCCGAUGCUAAAGGAAAUUUGCUCACAUUUUGAGCUCGGAUUCAAGUCGAAAGACAAAAAGCAAGAUCUAAUCAAUACUAUCUCAAACAUGUUGGAUAAAUGCCCAUGUUGUAGCCUGCCACUAUGUACAUAA